GGCUGCAGGGUGGGAGCGAGGCCCUGGUUCUGGAGGGCUGAGGGGUGCGUCUAUCUGGGUCUGUCCCUGGCACUGUGCCAGGCCUGAGUCACGUUGCUCACUCCCUUCCUCCUCCCCAGCUCUCAUUCACCUCCGCACUGCAGCCAAGGGAGGCCCGCCCUGGCGUGGGCUGCUGCCUGUGGCCUUGGGCAGGCAUGAGCAAAGGGGCCAGGGGUUGCCUGUCCUCCCCCACCCUGUUGGGGCCUCCCUCCCCCUCUGCUGAGCCUCGGUUAAUUAUAACUCUGACCUAAGUGCCCUGUGACGCCAAGCCCGGGCCAGCCCUGCCCAGGAGAUCCAGCAACCAGGUCCAUGUCUCAGCCAUGCUCCCCACGGAAGUCCCCCAGUCCCACCCGGGCUCCUCAGCAUUGCUUCUGCUGCAGCUGCUGCUGCCCCCCACAUCUGCCUUCUUCCCCAACAUCUGGAGCCUGCUGGCUGCCCCUGGCUCCAUCACCCACCAAGACCUGACUGAGGAGGCAGCACUCAACGUCACCCUGCAGCUCUUCCUGGAGCAGCCACCCCCAGGUCGCCCCCCUCUUCGUCUUGAGGACUUCCUGGGUCGAACACUCCUUGCUGAUGACCUCUUUGCCGCCUACUUUGGACCUGGUUCUUCUCGGCGGUUCCGAGCAGCCUUAGGUGAGGUGUCUCGUGCCAAUGCAGCCCAGGACUUCCUGCCGACUUCCAGGAAUGACCCCGACCUGCACUUUGAUGCUGAGCGACUGAGUCAGGGACGCACGCACCUGGUAGGGGCUCUGCGGGAGACCGUGGUGGCAGCCAGAGCCCUUGACCACACCCUGGCUCGCCAGCGCCUCGGGGCUGCACUUCAUGCCCUGCAGGAUUUCUACAGUCAUAGCAACUGGGUGGAGCUGGGCGAGCAGCAGCCACACCCUCACCUACUCUGGCCAAGGCAGGAGCUCCAGAACCUGGCACAAGUGGCCGAUCCUACCUGCUCCGAUUGCAAGGAGUUGAGCUGCCCCGGGAAUUGGCUGGGCUUCACACUCCUCACCUCUGGCUACUUUGGAACUCAUCCCCCGAAACCUCCAGGGAAAUGUAGCCAUGGGGGCCAUUUUGACCGGAGCAGCUCCCAGCCACCGAGGGGAGGCAUCAACAAGGACAGCACAUCCCCAGGCUUCUCCCCUCACCACAUGCUGCACCUCCAGGCUGCAAAAUUGGCCCUUCUAGCCUCCAUCCAGGCCUUCGGCCUUCUGCGAAGCCGCCUGGGAGACAGGGAUUUCUCCAGGCUGCUGGACAUCACCCCAGCCUCCAGCCUGAGCUUUGUCCUGGACACCACGGGCAGCAUGGGUGAGGAGAUCAACGCUGCCAAAAUCCAGGCUCGUCACAUUGUGGAGCAGCGGAGAGGCAGCCCCAUGGAGCCUGUCCACUAUGUCCUGGUGCCUUUUCAUGACCCAGGGUUUGGCCCUGUCUUUACAACCAGUGACCCUGACAGCUUCUGGCAACAGCUUAAUGAGAUCCAUGCCUUGGGGGGUGGAGACGAGCCUGAGAUGUGCCUGUCAGCCCUGCAGCUGGCCCUGCUGCACACACCUCCACUCUCAGAUAUCUUUGUCUUCACGGAUGCCUCCCCCAAGGAUGCCUUUCUCACCAACCAGGUGGAAUCCCUGACUCAGGAGCAGCGCUGCCGGGUAACAUUCCUGGUGACUGAAGAUACAUCAAGGGUUCAGGGCCGAGCUCGGCGUGAGAUCCUGUCCCCUCUGCGUUUUGAGCCAUACAAAGCAGUGGCCCUGGCCUCAGGAGGAGAGGUGAUCUUCACCAAAGACCAGCACAUUCGAGACGUGGCAGCCAUUGUUGGGGAGAGCAUGGCUGCCCUGGUGACUCUUCCCCUGGACCCUCCUGUUGUGGUGCCUAGGAAGCCACUUGUGUUCACUGUGGAUGGGCUGCUCCAGAAGAUCACAGUCCGGAUCCACGGAGACAUCAGCAGCUUCUGGAUCAAGAACCCUGCAGGGGUCUCCCAGGGCCAGGAGGAAGGCAUGGGUCCUCUAGGUCACACUCGCCGCUUUGGGCAGUUCUGGAUGGUGACCAUGGAUGACCCUCCACAGACAGGAACCUGGGAGAUCCAGGUCACAGCUGAGGACACCCCUGGGGUGAGAGUGCAAGCCCAGACCUCCCUGGACUUCCUCUUCCACUUUGGGAUCCCCGUGGAGGAUGGACCCCACCCUGGCCUCUACCCCCUGACUCAGCCAGUUGCAGGUCUUCAGACCCAGCUGCUGGUAGAAGUGACAGGGUUGGGUUCCAGAGCCAAUCCUGGGGAUCCUCAGCCGCAUUUCUCCCACGUCAUCCUUCGAGGGGUCCCAGAGGGUGCCGAACUAGGCCAGGUGCCCUUGGAGUCCGUGGGACCUCCGGAGCGAGGUCUCCUCGCAGCCUCGCUGCCGCCCACGCUGCUUUCCACCCCUAGACCCUUCUCCCUGGAGCUGAUUGGCCAGGACGCAGCGGGGCGGCGCCUGCACAGGGCUGCCCCUCAGCCUAGCACCGUAGUCCCUGUCCUUCUGGAGCUUAGUGGCCCCUCGGGUUUCUUGGCCCCGGGCAGCAAAGUCCCGCUCAGUCUCCGCAUCGCCAGCUUCUCGGGCCCUCAGGAUCUUGACCUUAGGACUUCCGUCAACCCCAGCUUCUCCCUCACCUCCAACCUCUCCAGGGCUCACCUGGAACUGAAUGAGUCGGCCUGGGGCCGCCUGUGGCUGGAGGUCCCAGAUUCAGCGGCCCCGGAUUCCGUGGUGAUGGUGACUGUGACUGCAGCGGGACGAGAAGCCAACCCAGUACCCCCGACUUAUGCUUUCCUCCGGCUCCUGGUAUUGGCCCCAGCCCCGCAGGACCAGCACGCCACCCCUACCGGCUCAUCUGACCCGAUCCUCACCACGGCCACCCCUGCCUUUUCGCCCUUCACAUUGGUGACUCAAGACAGGGCUGGGGCAGGGCUGGUGGGCAGUCCCUGGUGGGGCACGGUUGGAGGGGUGCUGCUUCUGCUAGGCCUGGCCUCCUGGUGACACAACAGGCUCUAGACGGAUGGGUCUCCAGGACUAUUUUCAACUUGCCCCAUUGGUAAGAAGACCUGGGACACAUUUGUCAGAUAGGUCUUAGGACCUUACCUCUCCUAGCUGGGAUGAAGUUUUUCUCUUUGUUUUUGUGUGUUUGUUUUUUGAGACGGAGUUUUGCUCGUUGCCCAGGCUGGAGUGCAGUGGUGCGAUCUUGGCUCACUGCAACCUCUGCCUUCCAGGUUCAAGCGAUUCUCCCACCUCAGCCUCCCAAAUAGCUGGGAUCACAGGUGCCCGCCACCACACCCGGCUAAUUUUUUGUAUUUUUAUUAGAGACAGGGUUUCACUAUGUUGGCCAGGCUGGUCUUGAACUCCUGACCUCAGGUGAUCCACCUGCCUCUGCCUCCCAAAGUGCUGGGAUUACAGGCGUGAGCCACCGUGCCCGGCCAAUGACGGUUUUCUUUCUCCAGCACAUCCCUUUCCUUUCUUAAAAACUUCGAGACUGGGGCUGGGUGCAGUGACUCAUGCCUGUAAUCCCAGCACUCUGGGAGGCUGAGGCAGGAGGAUCACUUGAGCCCAGGAGGUUGAGGCUGCAGUGAGUUGUGGUCGCACCACUGCACUACAGCCUGAGUGACAGUGAGACCCUAUCGCAGAAACAAAACAAAACAAAACACCCUGCAAGACUGGGAUAGAGGGCAAUGGAUAUUCCCACAGUGCACUUUUCCUAACCCUAUGAGAAACAAACCAAAGACAUUUUUGGAGAAAGUUGCUUUCUGGAGCAGCUUCGGUUUUAUUUUUGUAUUUAAGGCUGAAGGACAGUUUCAAUAAACAUGUCUUCUUCCCA